AUGGAACAUCAACAUUAUCAAACUGUUAAUGAAAAGAACAAUGUUGAUGAUAAAGAAUUCGUCGUUAAUUAUGAAAAUAAUCUUGAACAAUCAACUGAUGAUACAAUUGAAGAAGAUAAUCAUGAAUUAUCUAAAACACCAAUUCCAGAAAUAAUUAAUGAUGAAAAUGAAAAUCUUGAUACAAACGAAUAUUUAAAAUCACAAGUUGAUGAAAAUGUUCCUCAACAACAAUCGUCAUCGUCUGUAAUGGUUACAACUUCUGACGAUAAUAGAUCAUUAUCGAUGACAACAUCAGCAUUAACAACAACAACAACCACCACCAACACAACAACAAAAGCUGAUGACAGAGCAUCACCAUUAAGUCAUCAUACUCUCCGUGAAAAUCAACAUAUAUCUGAUCGUUCAUCUCCUGUCAAUGGUCCCGGUCUAGCUAAACCUAUAUCAAUGACAUCAUCUUUAAAAGAACAAUAUGAACAUCAACAAAAUCGAACAUUAUCUACAUCUAAUCCUGUUGGAAAAAAACGUGUUGAUGCUGCAUUAGAAAAAAAUAUUGAAACAAUAGUUACACAAGUUCGUCGUACAACAACAAAACCAUCACAAUUAACACAGAAUGAUCUACAAUUAUUUGAUAGUACAACAUCAACUAAUAAUAUUAAAAAUGGUCAUCAAUCACGUGAAACAACACCACUUACAACAAAUACAAUACAUAAACAAUCAUCAUCAUCAUCACGUGAAAUGACACCUGAUUCUAUAAAUACAGAUUCAGCUAAUGAAGAUCAACAACAAACAAUACGAAAUGGACAUAAUUAUCAUCGUUCUAUUCAUCAUCCAUCAUCGAAUAUUGAUUUAACUUCACCAUCUAUUCCAUCUUAUGGACAACAACCAUGGCCUCCUACUGUUUAUCCAUUUGCUCAUCAACAUCCUGGACUUUAUUUACCUUAUCUAUCAACACCAUCAGCAACAACAUCAACACCAACCAAUGGUUUGCCACCAUUCUAUCCUUCAUAUGAUCCAUUAUUUAUUGAACAACAUUAUGGUCCACAAGGAUUAUCUGCUUUUUAUAAUCAUCAACAACAACAACAACAACAACAAGCUCGACUUUUACAAGAACAUUCAACAGUGUCAGGUACGACAAAUAAUGCACCUUUAUUUAGAGAAUCACAAUCAUUAACUGAUGUAUUUAAUAAUUCAAUAAAUAAUACAAAACUUUCAAAUCGUAUUAAUCCACGUUUAAAUAAUUUAAAUGAACAACAACAACAAAUGAUACUAUCACAUCUCUAUCUUAAUCAAAUAACUUCACUUCCAUUUGUAACAUUAUAUGAAAACUCAGCAUCAUCACCAUCACGUCAAUUCCGAACUAAUGGAGAUAGUGAUCAUAUCUCGUCAACAUUAACAACUCCAACAAAAGAACGUGGUGAACAUUCACCUGUUGGUAGUGGUGAAUCAAUAAAAUCAUCAGAUUCAAUAUCAAUUGGACAUAGAAAUAAAAAAUCAACAUUACAAACAUUUCAACAUCAUCAUAAUAUAAAUGGAAGUUUAUCAAAAUUAUCACCAGAUUUAUCAUCGGAUGGUGCUGGUACAAAUGAUGCUGAUAGUAUUAUUUCAUUUGAAAGUCAAAAAUCAAAUACAACAGCAAGUAUGCCUGUACUUGAAGAUGGUUUAUCAGAUUCCGAAAAUCUAAGUGGUGAUGAACAAUCAGCAUCAAUUAAAUCAAAACCAAAUGGUCGUCAUCAAUCUACACAAAGUGAUUUUUUAUAUGAUCAAAAUCAUUCAUCAUUAAUAACAUCAUCACAUAAACGACAAUUUGCGAAAUCAACAACAACAAAUGGUCUUGAAUCUCAAACAAAAUCAUUUUAUAUUCGUCCACCACCACCACCACCAUCAUCGUCAUCAUCAACUACUGUUCAACCUGUAACAACAACUCGUUCAACAAAUGAAUCAAAUUCGCAACAACAAAAAAUUAAUAAUGAUGAAUCUUCGAGUGGUCAAACAGAUUAUGAUACUGAUGAAGAAACAGAUAAAUUACUUGGUGUUGAACAUCGUAUGCAUGCUAAAAAUCAAGCUAUUCGUGAUGCUGCUGUUUCAAGACCAUCAAAUAAACCUAAAACACAAGAAGUUCUCACUCGAACCAUUGUUGAUCCAGAAAAUUCUUCAGUACUUAUUGAAGGCGUUUUAUUUCGUUGUCGUUAUCUUGGUUCAACACAAUUACUUGCCGAAGGAAAUCCUACUAAAGCAUCACGUAUGAUGCAAGCACAAGAAGCUGUUGGACGUAUAAAAGCACCACAAGGUGAAAGUCAACCAUCAGUAGAAGUUGAUUUAUUUAUAUCAACUGAAAAAAUUAUGGUUUUAAAUACUGAUUUACAAGAUAUUCUAAUGGAUCAUUCUCUAAGAUCAAUAUCUUAUAUUGCUGAUAUUGGUGAUCUUGUUGUACUAAUGGCUAAACGACGUUAUUUACAACAUACUGAUGAUAAUGUUAAUGGAAAUGAUGAUACAAAUGAAACAAGUACACGUCGUGUUGUAUCAAUUAAUCAAAAAAUGAUUUGUCAUGUUUUUGAAUCUGAUGAAGCUCAAUCAAUAGCUCAUUCCAUUGGACAAGCAUUUCAAGUAGCAUAUGUUGAAUUUUUAAAAGCCAAUGGUAUAGAUGAUCCAAGUUUUACACGUGAUAUUGAUUAUCAAGAAGUACUUAAUCAACAAGAAAUUGGUAAUGAAGAAUUAGAUCGAUUUUCAAAAAAAGAAUGUCAAAAAGAAGUUAUCGUUCCAAAAUCGAAAAAUGAACCACUUGGUGUUGUUAUUGUUGAAAGUGGUUGGGGUUCAAUGUUACCAACAGUUGUUAUCGCAAAUAUGAUGCCUAAUGGACCAGCAGCAAGAUGUGGACAUUUAAAUAUUGGUGAUCAGAUUAUAUCCAUUAAUGGAAUUAGUUUAGUUGGUUUACCGUUAUCUUCUUGUCAAACACAAAUAAAAAGUGUUAAACAUCUUACAACUGUACGAUUAGUCGUUGUUCCUUGUCCACCAGUUGUUGAAGUAUUGAUUCGACGACCAGAUACUAAAUAUCAACUUGGUUUUAGUGUACAAAAUGGCAUUAUCUGUAGUUUACUUCGUGGUGGUAUUGCUGAACGAGGUGGUGUACGUGUUGGUCAUCGAAUCAUAGAAAUUAAUGGACAAAGUGUUGUAGCUACACCACAUGAAAGAAUAGUUAGUAUGUUAUCAAAUUCAGUUGGUGAACUUCGAAUGAAAACAAUGCCAACUCAAAUGUAUCGUCUAUUGACUGGACAAGAAAAUCCGAUAUAUAUAUAA